AUGGCACAGCAGAAAUUGCGGCCAGUCAAGGUGGAAUUUCAGGGCCCCAUCGCAGAGGACCUAAAGAAGGUUUUUGGCGAGCAAGAGCUGCCUGCAAUUCGCAUGUCGCCGCCAGACUGCGAGCAUCCCAAUCUGUACGUUCUGCAAGACAUGGGCAGGCUGGCCACUGGCAAAAGUGCGCAUGAUGCAGCUCGAGACGUCAGAAACGUCUUGAAAUGCUAUCCGGAACUGGCGCAGAAUUUGUCCCAAAUCAGCCUUUAUGGCCGAGGCCUUUCGGAGCCACUUUUGUGCGGCAGCCUGAAGCAGGCGCUCGAGUACAUCAUGCUAUUGCCGGGCCAACUGGAGCACCUGGCCGAGACGGAUCCAAACGACUGGCGCCGUGCCUUCGGCCUGGAAGUGGAGCGUGGAGAGGCCGAGUGCGGUGAGCUGCCCUUGGCCAAGCGCCGGUGCCUGGAGCAGCAAGUGGCAAACCAGCAGCAGAUAAUUGUGCAGCAGAGCCAACUGCUGUCUAUGCAGGACCGGCGCAUGAGCCUGCAGGAAGAAGCCAUGACUAGCAUUCAAGGCUUCUUGACCACAAUGCUGGCCAACCAAACUGCAAUGACAGAGACCGUCAACAAACAGGAUGUCCGUCAGCAGCAGAUGCAGCAAGCGGUGCAGGCCCUGCAGGAGCAGCAGCAGGUCUCCCAGGUGGUCGAGAUGGCGCGCGGGUGCGACUACGACCCGACCUUCUGCGGCAUCGCCGUCAAGCUCUGCAAGCACGGCGAGCAGACGGCGCAGGAGUACGUGCACUUCCUGGAGGCCACGCUGGGCCACAUCCCCGUGACCUCCUUUCUAGAGGUUCGCCUCGCCGACGAGUCAGACCUGGUGUCCAAGUGCACCAAGGCCUUUGCCAUGCGCGCCAAAGCCCAGCUGCUCGAGACCUGCGCCCGGCACAACCGCCGGCCCUUUGCACUGUACGUACAGAAUGCCUGGAGGCCGGCCUACUUCAAAGAGGACGAGCCCAUGCUCGAGACCAUCUUUAGGAGCUUCGUCUCCCAGAAACUUCCAGGGAAGGGUGGCCCACUUCGGACUGCGGCUGUGCUGGUGAUCUUUGCCUCCGACACGCCGCUGUUGGCCUCAACCGAAUUGCACCUCCGCCCACCCUCGGCUUUUCUCCUUCCAUCGAACAACACGUGCGAACACUUCGAGGCAGCCAACGAGGAGCUUCCAUUCUUGGGUAUCCUGGCAGAAGGCUGCUCCCUCGCGUCGACUCCGGGCGGAGGCCCCGAGAUCCGCAUCACGCUGCCGGGCGCGCUGAAAGGCCAGCGCAGCUACGCCUUCGCGGUGACGGCCCAGAGCCCCGUCGUUGAGCCGCCCAGCCCCGGGGCCAAAUCUUGGCGUGAGCAGAACAUCUGGAAUCUCGAGGUCUGGGUCCAAUCGGUGGCUGCGCAACGCCUCCUCUACGUUGGAGAUGGACAAGGCUUCCCCCUCGUACCGAAGUUGCAGGAAGCGACUGUGUAUCCUUUCCGAGCGCUGGGCGACGCCUACCUCACACAGUCGUUUUUGCUCCCCCGUGGUGCGUCCCUGGUGUCCUUGCGAGUGGAGUUCGCGAUCCCUUUCGUUUCGCCAGGUUCCUUGGGUCAGCGCUUGGAGGUGGCGGUCGAGGCACCCGAAGGCUUCAGCCUGGGAAGCGGUGGUUCUUGUGAGGUCAGAUCUCUGCAGUUGGGCAGAGACGUGGUGCCAGAGUCCUGGUACGACUGCUCGGCGCCCUCCCCGCUGAGUUUGCUGCUGUCCUCCCGGGUCCCACCGCCGGCAGAGCUGGAAGGAAUUGGCAAUGAGCUGACAUACAAGGCCGAAAUCUUUCCGGCUCUUCCGCCCGUGGAUGCGGAAGGCGCAGAGAACAGGCUUUGGAAUCUCCGGGCCUUCGCCUGCACUACUAGUCUGGACCCGCUCCAGGAAGAGUCGGACGCCGCCACCGGAUCUCAGGACUCCUCGCUGUGCGCCCUGCUGGCAGCCAGCACUGGCAUUCCCAGCUGGACGAUGUCGGGGUACCUCCACGUGGACCAGCUGAUUGUCGAAGAGGCUGAUAGCCUAGGAUCCGCCUGA